AUGGAAGAUCAGCAUGAAUCGAAUGACGAUCAAUACUCGUACAUACCACCACCCAGAUUAAAUCCGCCUUCUCCGUAUCAUGUAGACGAUAUAGAAAACCCUAGUGAUUCCAAUUGUUUUAAUAUUCAAUAUAAAAUAUCAAAAGUUAAAGCUGAUAUAUCAGAUAGUGGAGAAGUAGUAGAAGAUUCCUCUGAGAAUACAGAGAUAAAUCCAUACUAUGCAAAAAAUGACAUUGAAAAUCCAGGGCAGACAUCAAAAGAGGAAGUAAAUGACAUGUCGCAAGAUUUUAGCGUUUUCGAGGAGAAACAUCCUAUCUACAUGCAAGAAACGGUCAUCCCGCAGAGGAUUAUUAUCCCAUUUUAUUGUCAACCCCCAUCACCUCGGAGUUCCAGCGUGGGAUCUGAAGAAAUGAAGAUCACAAGUUCUCAAAUCUGCGUGAUGUGUCUUGCUUCCGUCUUCUUUGCUCCAGCUGGUUUAUAUUUCCUUUGCAAAUACAAAAGAAACAAGAAAGUUUUUGUGCCACUCAAGCCAUGCGUUGAAGUUGGCAUUGGAAUUUUAAUUAUACUUAUUUUUGUAAUGAUAUCAUGGAGAAAUGUUUUCCGUGUACGUAAGAAAUAA